AUGUUUGAUCAUAUUACCAAAGAAAUAUUGAGUUGGAAAGAAUAAAAUGAAAUCUAAAGAAGGGAAAAACAAAAAAAGGAAGACUAAAUUAUUAAAUAUGAAAAAUAAAUUGAAGAUUUAAUUAUAGAAAAACAAAAGUACGAAGAAAAACCAAUUGUAAUACCUCCUCCUGUUCCUUAAGCACCUGUCAUUCCUCCCCCUAUUCCCGUGAUUCCUCAAGAACCUCCAGAUGAAAAAAUGGAAAGUGUUGCUAGGUUCUUGGCGACUUUAUAUUUAGAAGCCAGGAAAUAUUAAUUAACAUUUGAUUAGGUCCUUUCUGAUAACUUUCCUAUUUACAAGAUAUAAAAUCAAUAGUAACCAGUCAAUUCCAAGAGCGUCUUCCCUUUUUCUUUGAUGCAAAUUGAAGGAAAUGACUUAGUCUAUAAAGUUAGAAAGGAUAGUUGUUUGGAGAAAAAGGAUAGGGCUUACUGGGAAAGUUACACAGACCCAACACUAUCAAGCACUUUAUAUUAUUAAAAUGACUAUUUUAAAGAAAAGGUAAAUGAUAUCAUGGAAAUGGCAGAUAUGGAUUAAAUGGUCUAUGCAUAAGGUUUUGAUGAUGACAAGUAGGAUGAAGAUGAUAAAUUAUUCAAAAAGAAGGUUAAAGGAAGUACAACCAGACUAACUGGUUCUAAUGGAGGAUAAAUAAAAUGA